CCAUUCAGCCGCAGCCGCCCGGGCGGAGCGCGUCCCGCAGCCGGCUGGUCCCUGUCGCGGCCCGGGUGCUCGGCCCGGCCCGCCUGCCCGGUGCGGAGCUCGCCAUGGCGGCCACUGACCUGGAGCGCUUCUCGAAUGCAGAGCCCGAGCCCCGGAGCCUCUCCCUGGGCGGCCAUGUGGGCUUUGACAGCCUCCCCGACCAGCUGGUCAGCAAGUCGGUCACUCAGGGCUUCAGCUUCAAUAUCCUCUGUGUGGGAGAGACGGGCAUCGGCAAGUCCACACUGAUGAACACGCUCUUCAACACGACCUUCGAGACCGAGGAAGCCAGUCACCACGAGGAGUGCGUGCGGCUGCGGCCUCAGACCUACGACCUCCAAGAGAGCAACGUGCAGCUUAAGCUGACCAUCGUGGACGCCGUGGGCUUCGGGGAUCAGAUCAACAAGGAUGAGAGGCAAGAGGCAGGAAGGGCAGCCCCGCCUGGUCUCUUCCCUGUGGCGCCGCCCACGCGGGUGGGGUGCCAACCCUCCGCCCGAGGACUCCGCGCUCCUCGCUGCCCCUGGACCAGUAGCCCAGCCCGCGCUCCGUGGGGGCCAAGGGAGCGCCGCUUGGGGAAUAUCUGAGGUCCCGAGGACCCCUUGGGGACCAGGAGAAGGGGUCAGCCACCGGCACCCAGACAGGGAUCCCAGGGAGACGCUGUCCGUCUCCUCAGAGAAGGCCGGGGGGCAGCUGGCCUGGCUCGGGGCCCUGCCGCCGCUCCGCCGCCUGCCACCUGCCUGCCUGCCUGCCUGUGACGGAGCUCCCUGUAGUUACAGGCCCAUCGUCGACUACAUCGACGCGCAGUUUGAAAACUACCUGCAGGAGGAGCUGAAGAUCCGCCGCUCGCUCUUCGACUACCACGACACGAGGAUCCACGUCUGCCUCUACUUCAUCACGCCCACCGGGCACUCCCUCAAGUCCCUGGAUCUGGUGACCAUGAAGAAACUGGACAGCAAGGUGAACAUCAUUCCCAUCAUUGCCAAGGCUGACACCAUCUCCAAGAGUGAGCUCCACAAGUUCAAGAUCAAGAUCAUGGGCGAGCUGGUCAGCAAUGGGGUCCAGAUCUACCAGUUUCCCACUGAUGACGAGGCUGUUGCCGAGAUCAACGCAGUCAUGAAUGCACACCUGCCCUUUGCCGUGGUGGGCAGCACGGAGGAGGUGAAGGUGGGGAACAAGCUGGUGCGAGCACGGCAGUACCCAUGGGGAGUGGUGCAAGUGGAGAACGAGAAUCACUGCGACUUUGUGAAGCUCCGGGAGAUGCUGAUCCGGGUGAACAUGGAGGACCUCCGCGAGCAGACGCACAGCCGGCACUACGAGCUCUACCGGCGCUGCAAGUUGGAGGAGCUGGGCUUCCAGGACAGCGACGGUGACAGCCAGCCCUUCAGCCUCCAGGAGACGUAUGAGGCCAAGAGGAAGGAGUUCCUGAGUGAGCUGCAGAGGAAGGAGGAAGAGAUGAGGCAGAUGUUUGUCAACAAAGUGAAGGAGACGGAGCUGGAGUUGAAGGAGAAGGAGAGAGAGCUCCACGAGAAGUUUGAGCACCUCAAGCGGGUCCACCAGGAGGAAAAGCGCAAAGUGGAGGAGAAGCGCCGCGAACUGGAGGAGGAGACCAGUGCCUUCAACCGCAGGAAGGCUGCAGUGGAGGCCCUGCAGUCCCAGGCCCUGCACGCCACCUCGCAGCAGCCUCUGAGGAAGGACAAGGACAAGAAGAAUUAACGCACGCACAGACUUACAUGUCAAGAGCGGACUUUAGACUUUCAUGUGUUAAGUUGCUUGAGUUACACCUUGUGACCCUUCUCCCAUAACUUGGUGUGAGGACGGACUGGGAGCCGGUACAGACUCCAGUGUUUACAGCCCUGCUUUGUCCCCCAGCCCUGUCCCCCCCGAGGCUGCCCGGGCCUUGGGGAGGGGCCACCCUCUCUAUGCAAAUUCGUCAAAGCCAUGAAUGCUGGAAUCCCAAACUGAUGAGGUUUAUUUUUUUCAGAGCCAGUGGCUGGUCUUCCAUUUACAGUGUCACUAUCCCUUGAUGGAGCAGUUUUGUGCCGCUCCAGCGAAGGCCCCCGCCGGCGAUGCUCGGCCUAGUUGUUCAGCGUCAAGAUGGCAACUCGCGCAGUGCCCUAGGCGAGGCCGGUAUCAAUGCUGCAGAUCCGCCCGAUUCCCCUUCGUUUUAAUUUUUCUAACCUAGAACCUAAUGAUAAUAAUAACUUUUAAAGCACUUCUAAAUUUUUUAUUUCGGCACCAGCAUCAAGACAAAUAAUACCCUCUCCCAUUAUUUUCAUAAGUAACACAGAUACCCUGAUUUUUAAAAACUAAAAACAUCUCAGCCUUCCUGAUGUAUAAAGUAUCCCUAUACAAUACAGGGAGAGGUGGGUAAUAAACAUCCUGUCAUGACAGUGUUUGGAAUUUCUUUACGGAUGGAAGCGGGUCACGCACCAGACCACAGCCCGUGUUUUCACUGUGAAUGUAAAUGGAACAGCAGCCCGCAGCCGUUGUCCGUGUGCCCCAGCGGCGCCACGUGUAAACAGGGACCAGCCCCACGUGUGUGUGUUCAGUGUGUGACUCCUGCUAAGACUCCCACCCCAACCCUGCAGAUUCCGAAUGCAAAGCGUGCUCAGAGGGAGAAGGUUUCUUUUUUCCAGGUCAUUGUUUGCUUUUUCCUGGCGGAGUCACAGGACGAAGAGACGAAGGUGUCUGAUGUUCGUGAACAAUGUGAGAAAAAAACUGCCUGCAGAGGAGCUUUUCCCCUUUAGCUGCCCUCUUAGGGAGCCCAUCCCAGGUCCACACAUGCUCCUCUGUUCCUGUUGGUUUGCAAGCCACUGAGACUGUCAGGGUUGAAAAUACGCUCUGAUAACAUGGGAUGCGAGAAAUGCAUGGCUAAAGGGAGGAUUUCACUGAAUGCUGGUGAAGCACUGAGCUGGGCACAGGCUCCCCAGAGUGACACGCAGCUCUAGCCUCAAGGAGCUCACAGUCUAGUGCUCUCCUGAGUUGGAAGCCUUAGGAAGCCGCGCUCAUGUAUGGUUGGAUCGGCAGUUUGUUUUUUGUGUCCUCCUUCUUUCCUCCCACCGUGGCUUCCCUCUUUGUGCCUUGGCUUCCUGCUUUGCUGAUGUCCAGGACUAGGUCCUGGCUCCCCACUGCCAUGCAGAGAAGGGUGGAGGGUGAGUUGUGUGUAUCCACUGAGGCACGGCCAGGAAAAGCAGGCCUUUUUCUCCUCACCAGGAGGGCAGGUUUUAGUGACGCUCACGUUUUAUCUCUGGCUCCAAGGAUUCUGCCCUGACCAGGGGUGGAUACAGAUUUAGAGGGGCUGGAAGCUUGAACUCUUUGAGAAGCCUUCUUCCAAAACAUACCCCCCCCCAAAGAACAAAAAAAAAAAAGGGAUAUGAAUAUAAGGUCGGUACAAGGCUUUAGAAGGGGCCUUGAAAAUUAAGCUUCAUUCGUGUCAUAGUGAAUCCACCUCUGCUUGUAACGGAGGACUGAUGCUUCAGUGUGGGUAUCCAGAAAGACACAUCAGCCUAUCUGAGGCAGAUGUGGACUGCAAGCAGCUUAACUUUAGGGCCAUUAUGUGUCUGAAAAUGUAUUUAGUUGGUGGGAGUAUGACCUUUAAGAUCGCCUCUGUCAACUAAUGUAUUUCUCAAGAUGAGGCCCAGUGACCCAGCGGGGUCCUCGAUUAUAUAAGAAAUGAAGAUUCCUGGUUCGUGGGCCAAUCUGGGGACUCUCAGAGCAGGUAGAUUCUGCCAUCCGCCCACCGCCGCCUGCGGGCCACCCCCAAGGCAUACCUUGGAGGCCAGAGGUGGGGCUGGUUACCUGUCUUUGGGCCCAAGGCUUCCCAGCAUCUUGGGGGAGACCUGCCAUUGUGACGUUUUCUGAGGUCUGAGCUGCCUCCCAGGUCCCACUGGCUUUGGUGGGCCCCGCUGCACUUUUCUUCCAUGCUGUUUGUGUUUGGAAUUUUGUCGUUUUUAGCUGAGACCAAAUUAAUCCUUGGUGCACACGGCAAGCUUGAAACUUGCUGUUAUUUACCGAGCUGCCCCCCAUGGAAUGGGGCCUUUGUCGCGGGGCCUGCCCGCCCCUCCUUUGCUGUUGCAGUGGUGUCUGUUGGUAUUGUUAGGGUUGUCAGUGGGAUCACACUGGCUUUUACUAUCAUGUCUUUCAUGAACCAAGUUGGUUUGGGGUAGAAUCACCAUAUAAUUUACUGCCCAAACUGAGACUUUGCGAGUGAAAGAAGAUGCUCUUAAUUAUUAUGCCAGGUCAACAGGCAUAAGCCGUAACCGUCUCAGGCACCCUGGGAUGUGCGGUCACCCGAGUUAUGGGGAACCUGAGUCUAGGUGGUCUGUACUUGUGCAGACCGGCCGCAUAUGUGUUCGUGUAUGUUCGUGUGGGUUCCCUGUGAAGUGGGGCUCAGAUAACUGGAUAUGAGGCUGGAGGGAAGUGUGGCUUGCUACUCUGUUACGUUAACAUGCUUUUCUAAAACUGCCUCACUGGUUAAUUCAUUUACUCCUUCAUUCAUUGACUGUUUUUGUUCCCUUCCAUUCACUUUGUACUCAUUUUUUUUUCCAUUAAAUUUUGCAUUUAUUU